AUGUCAUAUUCUAAAGCGUUACGUAUAUUGAUGAACUCGCCUGUUUCGAAAGGAAUGAUCACUCAUUUGACAAAUAUCACAUUGAAAGUAUUGCCCAUCUCUAAUUGUUCUUCUGAAUCUGGAUUGAACAUUCCAUCGUUACAAACCUUCAUUACAAGAUUGGUGAACUAUACCAAUGUUCCCUCGGGGACUUUACUUACCACUGCUGUGUAUUUGAAUCGAUUGAAACAACUAUUACCUGCUGAAGCGUCUGGGAUUCAAUCCACACGUCAUCGUAUUUUUUUAGCGUGUUUGAUCUUGAGCGCCAAGUAUAAUAAUGAUUCGUCGCCGUUGAAUAUCCAUUGGAUGAACCAUACUAACGAUUUAUUUUGUUUGAAUGAUAUCAAUUUAAUGGAACGUCAAUUGUUGAAACUGUUAAAUUGGGAUCUGUCCAUCACGGAACAUGAUUUGAUCAAAGAUUUGAAAAAUUUGAUCCAGCCAAUUGUGGUGGAUUUGGAAACCACGAAAAACAUUUGGUCAUUGUACCAUCACCAACACCUCCACGGCAACAUGGGCACAAAGAAGAGCUACGGAUCGCUACAGAACACAUGCGAGAUGGAUCCAUUGAGAUCUGUGUCUCCCGUGUCGUCGAUACGGUCUAUUUCUCCGGUAUCUGUGAGAUCAAUUUCACCAACCUCUGCCAGAUCAAUUUCACCAGUCUCGAUGCAAAGCCUUUCGCCAUACCCGAAUACGUCAUACAUGAGAGACUCGCUGGAAUGUCAGUACCAGCAGCUCCUACAGCAUUCACAGUCGCAGCACACAAACUAG